AUGGCGGUUGAUAUUGUCCGGUUCACAGUGUCUUCAUUUGUUUUAAUUAUGUGCCUGUUGAAGCUUACAACAAAUUAUGCAGAAGGAUUUAAGGAGCACUCACGAGCUCAGUACUAUAUUUUUAUCAUCGGCAUUUACAUUUGGGAGGCCAUUCUUGUUAUAAUACCUUCUACUAGAAUAUUCCCAAGAAAACGAAGGCAUCUCACAGCUUCAGGAGGCGAAUACGACGUCUUCUUGAGUUUCAGAGGUCCCGACAUUCGGCUCAACUUCAACGAUCACCUAUACACCAAUCUUGUCAGCGCAGGAGUUCGCACCUAUCGUGACAAUAACGAGCUUCGCAAAGGAGUAGAGUUCGGCCCUGACCUCCUCAAAGCAAUCACAAAGUCCAGAAUCUCCAUCCCAAUAUUCACCAAGGGUUAUGCUUCCAGUAAAUGGUGUCUCCGUGAGCUUGCUCAGAUGGUGAAGUGCAAGGGACAAUUGAUUCUGCCCAUCUUCUAUGACGUCGAACCAUCUGUGGUUCGGCAUCAAUCUGGGGAUAGUGAUUCUGGGAGAACUUACGAGCAGGCCUUCCGUGAGCACGAGAACCAUUUGGAUGGAAAAACUGUUAAAGAAUGGAGGGAGGCAAUGAGAGAGGUUGGAACACUCGAUGGUUGGGAAGUCAAGAAAAAAGCCGACGGGCAUCAAGGACAACUAAUAAAGAUGAUUGUUCAAAGCGUGUUGAUGGAGUUAAAGAGGAACGACAUGGUUCUAUCUAACAACUUGGUUGGAAUCGAUGAGCAUAUAAAUAAUAUAACGAGAUUAUUGGAGGUUGGUUCAAGUGAAAAACGGAUUGUUGGUAUCCAUGGCAUAGGCGGUAUUGGAAAGACAACAAUCGCGAAAUGCAUCUACAACAAGCUACUCAAGGAAUUUGAAUGUGGUAGCUUCCUUGCAGAUAUUUUAGAAACGGCUAAACCACACAAAGGAAUUGUUACUUUGCAAAAGCAGCUUCUUGCAGACACUCUUAAAUGGUACCCAGACAUUGCUGAUGCAAAUAGUGGAAUCAAUGCUAUUCAAAACCGAUUUCUUAGAACGAAAGUUCUCAUUGUGCUUGAUGAUUUGAAUGAAAAGUCUCAAUUUGAUUGGCUUGUGGGAAACCUUAAUUGGUUCGGUCCAGGAACUAGGAUCAUAGUUACAACUAGAGACAAGAAAGUCCUAAUUGAUCUGGGAGCUAAGCCUUAUGAACCCCCAGAUAUGAACCUUGUGCAAUCUGUUGAACUUUUUAGCUUUCAUGCUUUCAGAAUGAAGUUUCCUCCAAUAGGCUAUGAGAAGAUCUCUAAUGGUAUUGCAUCGACUACAGGAGGGCUUCCUCUAGCUCUGGAGGUUACAGGUUCAUUUUUGUUUGGCAAGAACGACAUACGAAUAUGGGAAGAUACAUUGGAUAAGUUGAAGAUAAUGCCAGACGAUAAAGUCCAAAAAGCUUUGAGAAUAAGUUAUGAUGGGUUGAACCGUGAGCAACAAAAAAUAUUUCUUGAUAUUGCAUGUCUUUUUAUUGGAAUGGAUAAAACCUAUCCAUUUUACAUGUGGGAUGAUUGUGGCUAUUUCCCAAAGAGGGAAAUUGAUGUUCUCUGUCUCUUGUCUUUGGUAAAAAUAGAAAAUGAUAACUUGUUGAGGAUGCAUGAUCAGCUUAGAGAUUUUGGUAGAGAAAUGGUCCAUCAAGAAGAUGACAUAAAUCCAGGAGGACGUAGCAGGUUGUGGAACCGAGCCGAAGCAAAAGAUGUAUUUGAGGAAAAUAAGGGAACUGAAAAAGUUGAAGUGCUAAAUCUUCCUUAUUGGAGAAAAAAGUCGUCUUCUUGCUUCACACGGAAAACAUUCAAGAAACUAUCUUAUCUUAGGUAUCUCCGUGUAGAGGGCGCAGAAUUUGUUGGGGAUUUUAAGCAUUGUCUGUCACGGUUAAGAUGGUUUUGUUGGAAACAAUGCCCUUCCAAUUUUGUAGCAACCAAUUUUCAUAUGAAGAAUUUAAUCAUUCUUGAUCUAUCAUAUAGUUUCGGCACACCAGAAGAGUGGAAUGGUUGGAGUCAAAUCAUGAUGUCAAAUAAAUUGAAAGUUUUAAAUCUCUCAAAUUGUGGGUUGAGAAGGACUCCCGACUUUUCAACCUAUACAACUCUAGAGAUAUUGAAUCUUGAAAGGUGUAGAAAUUUGGACGAAAUUGAUCCAUCCAUUGGGGCUAUGAAGAAUCUGAAAGUGCUCAAUCUUAAAUAUACAGAGAUAAGGAGCUUGCCUGAUGGAAUAUGGGAGUUAGAGAAACUGGAAGUUCUGAAUGCCUCAUUUUGUCGUAGUUUGGAGGGUGACAUUCCUAGAUGUAUUGGGAGAUUAUCAUAUUUGAGAGAAUUGAGGCUCUAUAAUACCAAAAUUCAAAGCCUACCAACAAACAUUUGCGAUCUCCUGUGCCUCCAAACCCUCGACUUAGAUAACUGCCAUGGUCUCCAAGCACUGCCAGACCCGCCCUCAAGUUUAGAAAUUCUGAAUGUCACUUCGCUCAGUGACAGAAACUUUAGUGUUAUCCCUAAUCUUGCAAAUCUAGUUAAUCUACAGAAACUGGGGUUUUCUUGGCGCAUUAGCACCCUACCCAAAGAGAUUGACGCCCUUUCUCAGCUCAAGAUCCUCACUAUACGAGGAUGUUCAGAUCUUCAAUGUAUAUUAGGUUUGCCUCCCAAUCUGGUUGAAUUACGUAUUGGGUAUUGUGAAUUAUUAGAAAAUUCGCCAGAUCUGUCAAAUUUGAAACUUUUGUUGAAAUUGGAGUUUCAGAGAUGCUGGAAGCUAACAGAGAUUCAAGGGCUUGGAAAACUACAAUCAUUGACUAGUUUGACAAUAUAUGAUUGUAGAAAGCUAGCAGAAAUUCAAGGGCUUGGAAAACUACAAUCAUUGACUAGUUUGACAAUAUAUGGGUGUUGGAAGCUGACAAAGAUUCAAGGACUAGGAAAUCUAGAAUCGCUGUCAAGCUUAAAUAUAUCCGAGUGCUAUGAAGUAACUGAACUUAAUCUGCUUGAAUGUUGGGCAUUUGUAGCGAUGAGUGUGUACAAAAAAUACUUCAAAAUUAAACCACAUCGGUCCAACUUAAAGAAGUUAAAAAGCUUUGAAGUUUUUAGUUGCAGGAAUCUCAACAAGAUCCAAGGUCUAGAUAGAUUGGUAUCAUUGGAAUAUUUGAAUGUGGGGUAUUGCGGAUCCAUAGUAAGAUUACCCAAUCUAUCAAACUUUAAAAUGUUGAGACACUUGGAAAUUAGUGGGUGCAGGAAUUUACGUGAAAUUGAGGGCCUUGAGAACUUGGAAGCGUUGAAGAAAGUGGUCAUGUGGAGUUGCUCAUCGCUGGAAGAAGUACGGUAUCGGCCAGGCACAGAUAUUCAGUUGCUUUACCAACAGGGAAUAGCACAAAUAGAUGGACGACGUUUGGAGAUAAUUUCACAGCCAGAUGGAGUCAUGGUCAUGAAAUUUCACAGGUGA